CCCAAGAAAGCUAGAAUGAAUCUAUCUUUAAAUGUUCAUAUUUCUCCGUUUCAUAUGCACGGACAGCAGCUGUGAUCCGCGGAUCUUGAGGGUUUGAUCUUUGGUUAUUGCUACCAAGAGGAUGGGGUGCUGGGCUUGCUCAAGUGUGACAUCUGUGCUGUUCCUUUCUUUCAAUAUCCACGCUCUAACCCUUGCAGAUUUCGUCCCUGUGAGCAAUUUAUGUCAGUGGUGUGACUAUUCCAGCCCGGUGUGUGAAGACAAUGUGUGCUACAGUAACUGUUCCUUCAGCUCCUUCUGUGAAUACCAGAAAGAAAUCUGUGUGGCGAUAUGGAAGCAGGACAACAAGAGUAUUAGUGUCAGGACCAUGUGCCAUGACCCUCAGCUCCCAGUGGAGAACGCGAUGGUUCCCAAUUACACCACCAGAGAGUGCCUAAUGGUGCAGCAGCCAUCAGAGGAGGGAGCGCUUUACAUAUGCGGGUGUAUGGGUGAACAGGAGUGCAAUGACAAGCUGAUAUUCGAAAAGGAAGACAACGGCUAUGCAAAGCUGCAAAGCAAAGAGGUCAUUCCUGUGGCAGUGAUCAGCUUGCUUCCGCCUAUUCUGGUGGCCAUAAUGGCAACCAUGGCCUUUUACUUGUACCGCACCCGACAGCAGAGGAAAGAACCCUGGCCUGCAAAACACGCCCAACGCCAAACCCUGGACCUUCCAGAGAACAGGGACCCUGCGGAAUACGAUGGGAAGCUGCCUGCCAUGAUCAACGACAGCCACUCUGACAUCUCGUCCACCUGCGCCAACAACAUCAACCACAACACUGAGCUGCUGCCCAUCGAGCUGGACCGCGUCGUGGGGAAAGGCCGGUUUGCAGACGUCUGGCGGGCCAGGCUGAACCACAAUGCCUCGGGCCAUUACGAGACUGUGGCUGUGAAGAUCUUCUCUGCAGAGGAGUACCUCUCCUGGAAGAGCGAGCGCAAGAUCUUCUCGGACGCCAACCUUAAGCAUGAGAGCGUGUUGCAGUUCCUGACGGCCGAAGAGAGAGGCACAGGCCCGCAGAAGCAAUACUGGCUCAUCACGGCCUACCACAGCCUGGGCAACCUGCAGGAAUACCUGACCAACCAUGUGCUGAGCUGGUCGGAGCUCCACUUAAUGGCAGGUUCUCUGGUGAGUGGAGUGGCCCAUCUCCACAGUGACUACACUGCAUAUGGCUCUCCCAAAAUCCCCAUUUCCCACCGGGAUAUCAAGAGCUCCAACAUUCUGGUGAAGAGCAAGACGGAGUGUGUUCUGUGUGACUUUGGGCUGGCUUUGAGACUGGACCCUUCUCUCACUGUAGAGGACUUUUCCAACAGUGGGCAGGUUGGCACUGCCCGGUACAUGGCCCCUGAGGUUCUGGAGUCUCGUGUGAACCUGGAGGAGCUGGAGUCCUUCAAGCAGAUGGAUGUGUAUUCCAUGGCCCUGGUCCUGUGGGAAAUGGCCUCUCGUUGUGAUGUAAUUGGAGAGGUGAAGAGCUACGAGCUGCCGUUUGGUUCUCAGGUGUGCGAGCAUCCCUGUGUGGAGAGUAUGAGGGACCUGGUCCUGCGAGAGCGGGGCCGGCCUGACAUCCCUAGCAGCUGGCUGGUACACCAGGGGAUGCAGUUCCUGUGCAACACCAUUGGGGAGUGCUGGGACCACGACCCUGAGGCCCGCCUCACUGCGCACUGCGUGGCCGAGCGCUUCAGCGUGAUGGGGCAGAUGGAGAACAAGGACAAUCACAAUGUCAGCACCACAGGCACGGAGCCCUGGAAACCUGACAGCAAUGCCCAGGAAACAGCACCCUUCCAGGGGUUUCCAUCUGGGGUACUGGUGACUGAGGUGUGAAGGAGCACUGCCACACAAAAGGGCCAACAGCACACCACUCGGUACAGCAAUAGCUUCUCUUCACAUGUCUGAAGAAAUUUCUUUCAAGACUAAAAAAUGUAGAAAGGCCAUUGCUUUAUUGAAGGCUUUUAUUCAAUGGGCUGGACUCUUUUAGAUAAAACCCUAGACCGAUAUUGUGCAACAGUGUGUUGUCAGAUGUAAAUGCAUAGACGCCUAAACUCUGGCAUUAAGGGACUACGUGUAAAACUCUUGUGCAAAUAUGUAAUUGUAUCCCUAUCGGAAUAAUCCCUUACAUCUACAACACUUCAUCUGCAAAAUCAAAGCUCUUGGUAUAAUGCGGCAACAGUGCUUUUGGAUUCAACAUCGAAGAAAUGUCUUAACGACUUUUAGGGCAGUGGCACCGUGGUGUUAAGAUUCUGGCACAGUUUAGAUCAUUAACAUAUGUGCAAGACUAGGUUUGUCAUGUAAAAAGCAACUAGUUUCCAACCUCAUCUCAGACCUUAUUAAAACUAGACAAACCUAGUCUAAAAGUGACAUUUAUUUGAAGCACUAAAUUACGUUCAAAUAGUAAACUGCAAAUAAAAACAGUGUGCAGUGCAUUUGUCAAACUAUAGGCCUACAUCAAAGCAACUGUAUAUCUUGUCUCUUUUCCCCAACGGGUAUUAAAAGGAAAUUCAUUUUUAUUUUUCACUGUCAGUGGAAAAACAAUUAUCAUAGCGCUGUCACUCCCUGGCAAACACAAACAAUCCAAACCAACAUGAAGCUCUAGAACGGGAAAAACUGUAUUUUAUUUUGUACUGAAUGAUAACAGCUUUCAAAACAGGAAGAUAAUCCAGACUUUUUUUUUACCUAGAGCAGUUAUUGCUGCGUAUCAAGUAUCACAAAACUUGAAUUGGCUUACUAGUAAAGCACUCCUUAAAAUGUAUGUGAUAAAUUACUGAAUGCCACCUCAUUACGAGAUGAAUCACAUGCUGCAACCUAGGGAAAGUUGAGUGGAACAUGCAAAGCGUAAUCUUUGUAAACGAUUGCAUGCAACUUGAUUGCUGACAGGAACAAGCCACAGGUCUGUGCAGUAUCUGCACCAGUUAUAUCUGGAAGACCUGUCUCUUGUCUUUUAAAUGUAUAAUAACACCCCAAAAGCAAAAUGUUUUGUUCUAGUUUUGCAAUUUGAAGAUGAAUAUUUUAAGCAAUAUUUAAUAUAAUGUGUACAUGUAAUGUGCUUGCAGGUCUUGAGGAGCUGCGGUGUACUGGAAAUAUACUCUUCACCAUGUGGUUGAACGUAAGGGUCUUCAGAGUACCUUCAUUAAAAGAGCAAGUAGUGGGGUUCUGAAAAACAUAGCGUUACACGUCCCCACGUGGUGCUACAACUGUUUAAAUAACGCACCUGUAGUGAUUUAGAGAACAGAUCUCAAACCCCAGUGCACUGGACAGGCCAUUUUGAAAAGAGCUUUGAAACAGGCUUUAAAGUUAUAAGUGUAAAACGUUGUCAGGAUGUUAACAAUGUUAUUUAAACAGAUGUUGCACCACAUGGGGGACGUGUACCGCUAUAUUUUUCGGAGCCCUGCUACUUCCUCUUUAAAUGCCAUGUUAAAGGCUCUGCUGCUGUAUGUUCUUUCUGCAGCAGUGCAGCCCUAAGCUCUCUCGUCUCCUUGGUUCACAGUGUACACUAGUCUUGAGCUUUAGGGAAAGCAAGUGGUUAUAGCUAAUAGCUUCCAUCCAAGCCGGGGAACAAAGCCAGUCCCAAGACGCCCAUUCCUACUUGAUCCCACUUCAUACUGUAGCUUGACAAGAAACUCAACGUUAUGGCAACUGCACUGGAUCCACAAGGUAAAUGUACAGUUGUUGAGGCACCAAACAUCAGUCACCCUGUGUUGAGCUCUUUUUAUAUUGCAUUUGCUUGUUUUCAGUCAGGUGGCAUGCCUGCCCGCCCGGGUGGGAAAGCACUGCAGGCUCUCAGAACUGGCAGGCUGUCUGGGGUUGGCUUCCCUCUCAGCUGAGAAAGCUUGACACAGGGUAUUCCAGAGCAAUGCACUUUCUGCUGGCUGCCAGCCUGUGGAAAAAACUGCUUCAGUCAAACGAUUUAUUGUAACAAUACACUGCCAGGCUGUGAAUUCUAAAUAUAACAGAUUGAGAGCUUUCCUGAUGGCACGGGAACGAUUUGAUUACCUCCUACUAAACACAACUUUUAAUCCCCCCAGGAACCUAAAAGCAAUAUGCUACAGCCUAGUGGACAGCGCACAGAGAUUCUGGUUUAGAAUUUAAAAUGCAGUUAGAGCAGGAAGUUAAAAUGUGUUUUAUUUCAAGGUCACUUCCCACCUGUUCCUGGGUUAUCAGAUAAGCUCACUGUUAACUGUUCCAUGCUGCUCUGUAAGAUAGCUUGGAAUCCAUUUUAAAGCAUCUUAUUUUACAUGCUAGUGAUAUAGAAUUAGUCUGCAGUGUUUUUAUGUAUAAUAGGGGGAAAGAGCAAAGUUACAUUUGACCUGUUUUCUCAAUUGAUUGCAUUGUUUAAUGUGAACUGGUUUCACAUCUGUACAGAUUUUAUAUUCAGUGACAAUUUAUAUAAUAGAUUGCAAGUUACUAAUCUCAUUAAGCAUUUUUUUCAUGAAAUAAAGUAUUUUUUAUUUUGUCCUUGA